AAUGAAUUAUUAGAUUGAAUCAAUAGAGCAAAAUUAACUAUCAGAUUAAUAGUUGCAAUUGAUAAAGCAAAAGAUAUCGAUGAAGCACAGAAAACUUAUAAAUUAGUGAUAAUAAAUACAACAUUUAAUUGGAGUAGUCAUUUUUCAUAGUUUAAACCUAUAUUACAAAAAUUUAGAGAUUUAGGAUAUAAGAUAAUCAUUUAUAUUGAAGAACUAAAGCAAUAUAUUGAAGAAAA